AUGGUGAUUUCCCCAAGCGGGGCGAUCGCGACGUGCGUCUUGACUGCCUCGCUGUAUGUUUCAAGUUUGUAUGUUGGUUCCUUCCUCUUUCGCACUAAAGCCGGGGGCUCCCGCGAUGAUCCGGCAGUGGUGCGGCGGAGGUUUGCCGGCGUGACUGUGGCGUGCGCAGUUGCCCCGUUCAUUGUGAGCACCACAAGACGGGCAGGAGAGGUGACAACCCCAAUUGACACCACCUUGUGGCAAUCCUUGGGGCUACGUACUGACAACCUGCCAGCCUAUACCCCCUCCUAUUGA